GUGUAGCGCCAGUUCCUCCAACGGGCUAGGAGCGUGAAGACGCAAGUCAGAUGUCCUAUACGCCGAGCCUGAACGCGAAACGUUGAUCGCCAUCCGUCGGUUACUACUGUCGUAUGACACCGCGCUGGGGUCACCGACGUCACCGAUCGGACCGUAUUUGUGUGUAUAUGUGUGUGUGUGUGUGUGUGUGUGUGCGGUUAAGUGACCGCAGCCGUCGACGCGUCCAGAUUGUUCAAUUGACAAACGCGCGCGCUCACACACAUAACCGUCCCGGGCGCCGCGAAGCUGGAUAAAACCAAGCCGAUCGAUGCUGGUCGCCAGUAAUGCCGCGACGCUCGUCCAGCACGGACUGAUUCGGCUGCCGGAGAAGAAUGUGGUGAUGUGUUGAGCAGUGGCAAGCGUGUGCCAUCCAGUGCCAGAUGAUGUGUAACUUCGCUGUCGUUUAUUAAUUAAUCAGCAUACGAACGACGAUUCCUACGAACGACUAUCGUGAGCGGUGUUAACAGGAGUGACAAAAUAUUGCGAUUAUUGUGAUCAGUAGUCGGUACUGUUAAAGCCAGAAAAACUGUCUGUGAGUGUGUGUCGGCGGCGGCAAGGAUGCGCGGCACUUCGGCUCCGGCCAAUCGACCACUUCCGGUGGUAGUGUGGGUUCUGCUUGCACUGUCGCCGGCUCUAAUCGACCGUUGCGAUGCGUUUGAUAUUUUCCCUCCGAACUAUGACAUCCGAUACCGGCUGGAAACGGACGUAACGCUAGUGCCGGAUGUGCAUGCGACCGACAACUACAUGUGGUAUUUGAACGGGUACCUGCGCGUUCAUCGGUACGAUGCCAAGAAUCUCGCCGCUCAGAUCGAGCUCGAUCGCCACCACAUACCGCAAAGCGAGGGCGAUGUGUCGGCCCUCCUGCAACCGUUCCGCAUAGCGAUCGCGAACGAUACGAUCCUGAGCAUACAGUUCAAGCUGAACGAACCGAUCUGGUCGGCCAACAUCAAGCGCGCGCUGGCCUCGCUGCUGCAGGCGCACGGUGACGGUCCGGGUGCGUACGUCGUCGACGAGCAGGGCAUCUUCGGCAGCUGCCCGACCGAGUACUUCGUGGUGAACAAGUCGAACGUGUACGAGAUCUCGAAAACGUACGGCAUGGACCGGUGCACGAUCUAUCGCGGUGCGAUCUACCUGACGCGCAGCAACAUCCCGCAGAACCACUGCAUCCCGAACAAGCAGCCGCAGGCGAUCACGUCGCGCAUCGCCAACUACAAGCUGCGCAAGAUCGAAUCGUACCGGUACAUGCUGACCGAGCUGGACGGCACGAUGCGCACCAACAUACGGACGCUCGAGUCGUACUAUCCGCAGUUCCUGUACUCGCGCGUCGUGCUGCGGUACGACCGGCACCAGGUGCUGGAGGACGGGCCCCCGGGCCGGCCGGUAGUGGACAUCGUCAGCGGGAUGGCGCUGCUGUUCAGCCCGAUCCUGUUCGACAGUCCCGAUCUGGAGGCGACCGGCGGCCGCAGCCCAAAGUCGAAGGAGAAGCUAAUCAAGCGGACCGCCAGCCUGCUGAACGCGAUGGCGGACAAUCUCGAGACGGUCGACAACAAGCUGAAGGAACCGUACGACGAGACGGUGUCGGAAAUCAUCCGGCUGAUGGGCACGAUGGAUCUGGAAACGCUGAAGCAGCUGUACGAGGAGAUCGAUCUCGGCACGUCCUAUCGGCAGGAGACGGCACGGAACAUCUUUCUCGAGAUAGUGCCGCGCACCGGGACGACCUCGACGAUACUGCUGACGCGCGAUCUGAUCAUGAACAAGCAGGUCAACCCGAUGACGGCGGUGCAGCUGCUGAUUUCGCUCCCGUUCUACAUGGCCGAACCGUCGCCGGAGCUGGUGAAGGAGUGCGAGGUGUUUCUCGAGGUGGGUGCGGACCGGCCGGACAUUAAGCAUGCGGCCGUGCUGAGCUACGCUACGAUGAUCUACAACACGUUCGUCGCCGGCAAGCUGACCGCGGACACGUUCGAGAAGUACGUGAAAAUGUACUUCGAUCUGUUUCUGAACAGCUUCGAGUACGAGCAGCAGAUGCUCUAUCUCGAAGGGUUAGGCAAUCUGCAGCUGGAAAACGUGGCCGAAUAUCUGGAUCCAAUCAUUCGUGCCGACUAUCCACAAAACACGGACAUUCGCUUUCUGGCGAUGCUGGCACUGCUGCCCACCGCCCAUCUCCGCCCGAACCAGGUGUACGAGACGUACUGGCCAAUCUUUCACUCGCGCACCAGCCCGCUGCAGCUGCGGGUAGCCGCCUUUACCAUGCUGCUGUUCUCCAACCCAACGCCGGGCCGGUUGCUGGGCCUGUACAGUGUGAUCAAGACGGAGAAUGAUCCGCACAUGAUCAACUUCUAUCGCACGACCGUGCUGAGCAUCUCCGAGACGACCUACCCGUGCUACCAGCAUCUCAAACUGCUGCUCGCCUACAUGACCCGCCAGCUGCCGGAUGCACCCGCACCCAAGUACUGGGUCACCGGGAACUAUCUGUUCGACUACCGAGACCGCAAGUUCCACAUCGGCUCGAUGCUGCAGACGAUGCUGAUCGGUAGCCACCAGACCGAUCUGCCGAUGAUUGCAUCGCUCAAGUUCGACACGGAGGCGCUCGGACGGUUCACAGGCCAGCUGGGACUGUACAUUAAGGCACGGGGACUGAGUGAUGCCGUCAUCAACCGGCUGACCACGUUCAACUCGAGCCACCUUCGGCUGGACCGGCUGAGCAGCAUUCUGAAGACGAUGAAGCUGUCCACCAUCAGCCCGACGCCGCUGCACUUUGAGUUUAUCGUGCAGUUUGAGGGCAAGGCCGUACUGUGCUACCAUCUGAAUCAAACGACGUUUCACAAUCUUACCGAUGGAAACAUCAUCAAUCGGAUCAAUCUGCUGCGGGACAGCCACGUGAACAUGCAGAUCGUGCGCCGCCCGUUCAUGAUCAAGUACGCGCUGCCGACGCUGCUCGGUACGCCGGCCGACAUACUGAUCGAGAACACCGUGCUGGCGACGGUGCGCGGCAACACUACGCAGCAGAUGAUGCUGAUGGAUAAGGUGGCCCGCAGCAACCAGGUGGACGUGCGGUACUCCUCGUACGCCGUGGUCAAGAUCCGCAGCUACAACCCGAUCAACGAUGUGGAGUACUCGACCAUCCGCGAGCAGGGCUUCCUGGUGUACAUACCGGUCAACAACGAGAUUGUGUGGGACAUUGCGGGCAAAUCGAUCAGCUAUAGCUUCUACCGGCCCGAAAACAUGACCAGUGGUAUCUCGCUCAAGAGCCGUACGCGCAACACGCCGGCAAAUGGGUCGUCGGCGGCGGAAACGCUCGAACCGAAGGAGGAAGAUAUCGCCAAGUACGGGUACCGGAUCGACGAUCUUGGCAUUCAGCUGCUGGCCCGCGUGCAUCAGGACUACACCAAGGACAAUGUGAUGUUCAUGCUCGAGACGGACAUACUGGACAAUGCGAAGGUGCUGACGAAGGCACCGUUCUCGCUGGUGAACAAUGUGCUGCGCAUCGUCAGCCUGAUCCAGCUGAACACGAUCCACAUCGGGCGCGACAAGCAUCUGACGCUGCUGAUCGCGAACGAUCAGAAAACGCUCCUGCAGGGUACGCUCAAGUGGGACACGCAGAACUACUCGAAGCAGCCGGCCGUGCCGGAAAACGAGGUGCUGCGGGUGAACCUCAUACUGGCGCACACCAUCCCGAAGCCGGAGGGAAGCCGCGACGAGGUGAAGGUGCUGCACAAGUGGGACAUUGUGUCGCAGUACACCAACUUCAAGUGUGACCGGGCGGCCCGGAUCUUCUUCUCCCUGACGCGCCACGAAUGGAACAGCUCUCACUGGAAGAUGUGCUUUUCGGCGGAUUAUCGACCGCUGGUGUUUCUGCAGCGACCGUUCGAGCUUACCGGUGACGUGGUGUUUGGUGAAACGCGGGUACCGAAACAGUGCCCCAAGGAGCCACGGAUUGCGUUCAAUGUGUCGUACCAUCUGCCCGAGUACGUUGAGCGCAUCUACCGCGCACUGGACACCAAGGAUCGCAGCUGCCCGAAGGAGAUUCUGCGACUGACGCCACCACCGUUCUCCGGGGAAUGUCGCGCAAAUCGGUUCAGCCCGCUGACCACCGUAACCGGCCUUGAUGCACACCUGAAGUUCACUAAGCUUCCGUCGUGGAUCGAUAUGCUGCUGCACCGGUUGGAUCAUGCCGUCUCGGCCGUUGUACCCGGGCGCGUACAAACGCUCAACAUGACCGACCACAUCGAUGUGCAGGCCCGUGUGCUGCAGUGGUCGAAUGAUACCGAGAUUCAAAUCAACGGUGGCACCAUCUGGUUCCCUUCGCGCUUCUAUCACAACGUCAAGAUGCAGCAUUCCUACACGUCACGGAUCGAGUACGGGUUUCUGAGUGUGUGCAGCCUGAUCUACGACAAGCUGACCACGUUCAACGAUCGCGUCCUGCAGCUGACGAACGAGGUACGGGACGAGUACCGGGUGCGUGAUAGCUUCCUGCUGACCGCCGACUGCUCGCUCACCCCGAAGAUGGCCGUGUUUGUGCUGGACGACCAGAAGGGUGUGCAGAUCUACACCGGCGGCAACUAUCUGAUCUACGAGCCGGGUGGCAAUAGUUACAACGCCAGCAGCAACAGCUCGCCCACGAUGACGGUUAACAUUAACGAUGAGCAACUGAUCGAUCUGCGCAAUAUCGUGUACCAGUACCCGCCGGACGAUGAGUUCUACGACUUCCGGGUGUACAUCGAUCGGGAGGGUGUGCUGGUGGUGGAAAACCAGCUGAACGGUGCGGUCGUACAGUACGGACCGGCGGGCAUAGUCAAUCUGCUGCUGCCGACCGUCCACAAGGGCCAAAUGUGCGGGCUGUGCAGUGAUCGCGAGUAGACAGAGGCAGAGAAAGAGUGUGAGAAAGAGAGGGAGAGAUAGAGAGAGUGUGUGUGUGUGUCUCGUUCGGACUGAGGUUUACAGGGGAUUAGCAUUGCCACAGCAACAUUAUCCGCCGGCCUCCCCCCAUGUUGGUCUCUCACUAUACGCGCGACGGCUGUGGGUGCAUAAAGCUGUGUGUAUGUGCAACGCAAGCGUAGCAUUAGGUAAACAGAAAACCAGCGCAUGUAAGCAUAUGGUUUUGUGUCUGUGUAUGUUAGAGUGCUAGUGAAUGAUAAUAAAAAAGGAGCUUUUAAAA